GCGAAUCGAUGAUUUUACAGUUAUUGCGUGAUUUCUGAACAUGAGGUACAAAAUAAUUAUCGUGUUAUUGGUCAUUUCGAAAAACGCAAAGAGUAAUGAGAUUCCCAGGAUUCUUGAAAACACCAGAGAAGAGAAUGAACGAGGGUACAAUUUCAGGUAUUCCACGAGCGAUGGACAGGAGAGGAAGGAAAACGGGCAGUUUGAAAAAAUGGGAGAAAAUCUGAUUUUACGAGUGAGUGGAUUCUAUUCUUACAUAUCCAAUGAUGGAAAUCAGUUCAAAGUAAUCUAUCAGGCAGACGAAGAUGGUUAUAAACCCCGUAUCGAGUCUAUCAAAUCACUAUCAACACCAACAACUGGAGAAGGGAAGAGUAAACAAGAAUUCAAGAUGAAAAAUGCUUCUAUAGAUUCAUUAACUGCACUGACAACUGAUGAGAGUCCUGAAGGAACUAAUACAAAGCCUGUUUUGAACUUGACACAGACAACACCAACAAAUUUCAUCGGCCUUCCAUCACCUGAUGAAAUAGUUUCACAGAUUAGUUCCGGAGCGAUUGCUUCGUUGGCAGGGGGUGGCCUUGGUUGAAUAUAUAUUUUCCCGUGCAGUGAUUAUUAUCAUGAACUGUUUUCAUUUUUGUAUUCAUAUAUCAAUAUCAAUUCGAACAAUUUAACGACAACUCGCUUCAUUAAAAAUAUUUUUGUUCA